AUGACUUGGGAAAAGUUUCGAGAUCUGUUUAAUGUUAAAUAUUACAAUGAGGCAGUCCACAGUACUAAGAGGAAAGAAUUUACUGAUUUGGUCCAAGGUGAGAAUAUGUUAGUAAUGAAAUAUACAACAAACUUCGAUCGAUUAGCCAAGUUGGCUUUGAGAAUAGUGCCUAUAGACUUUGACAAGAAGGAAAAAUACUUGGCAGGCUCUUCGAGUCGAGGGUGUAGUGGAAUUUCUUCAAGAGCCCUAAGGGACUCUAAGAGUUUACGAGACCACCACCCUUCCUACUUCUGGCUAUGGAAAUGUAAUCAGAAGACAUGUUUCCAAUGUGGCUUGGUUGGACACUUCAAGAAAGACUCUCCUCAAAUAAAGAAAGAAGAACCGAAACAAAAGGCAAAACCCAUCACAGCUCGGAUGUUUUCCAUCACACAAGAAGAUGUUGCAGCCAAUCCUUCUAUGUUGAAGGAGUAUGAGCAAUGUUACCUGACACAUGAUUUAGAACUUGAUGUCGUUGUGUUUUCCCUAAAGAAAUGGUUAUAUUGCCUGUAUGGGGAGAAGUGUGAGAUCUAUAUAGACCAUAAGAGCCUCAAGUACUUCUUCACUCAGAAAGAUUUGAAUAUGAGGCAGAGGCGGUGGUUAGAGCCAGUCAAGGAUUAUGACUAUGAGAUUUUAUAUCAUCCCGAGAAAGCCAAUGUAGUGGAAGCUGUUUUGAGAAGAAAAUGUCCCAGGCAGGUUUUUGGUACCAUAAAGAUCUCACCUCAGUUGGCUUUAGAUAUGGUUAGGACCGGUAUUGAGUUCGUGGUUGGGAAACUACAUAAUUUGACACUUCAGUCAUACUUAUUAGAAAGAAUCAGAGAGGCACAAUUAGAAGACUCUUAG